AGUUAUAUAGAUUAAUUGAGGGACAAACCACACAUUUAUUUAUGUACACACGUAAUAUAACGAAAAUUAUUAAUAUUGGAAGUGGUGGUUUGGUCAGCGGCAUUACUAAUUUGUUAUAAGCUCAAUCUCAUUUUCGUCACGAAGCUCGACAGAACUAAAUAAAAAAUGGCAUAUACAAUUGUCCAUAAUAAUUAUUACUAUGGGAUGGAGCCCCCCAAAACUACGCCAGAGAAAACUGUUGUUGCAAAUGCUACAAGUGUAGCAAAUGCAAUAAAAAAGAAAAAAAAUUACAAACCAAAAUGCCAUGUUUGCAAAAAGAAACACAGAGGGCCCUGUAAGGCCACAACACAAAAAAAAAAUAAAAUAAAGAAAAAAUGCCAAGUUUGCCAUAAGUGGCAUUUUGGCGUUUGCUGGUGGCAGGAUGCAAACCAUGUGACUGGUGAUUUGAGGGACGUUCUUAACAAACAAAGACAUAAAGCAGAUACUCCUACUCAGAUCACCAGUCUCAUGGAUGCAAUGGUGAUAAACCCGGGACCGGUAAUGACCCCAUCACCAAACAUGGUCAUCAAUUAA